AUGCCAAAUGAAGGACAAAGAUUUAGUUCGUUACGAAUGGAUAUUGAGAGUGUCUUAAAGCCAUUCGAUGAUGAACAACAAUAUUUACGAAAACUCCGUAAUUCAUCCGCCAUUGAACCGAUUUUACUUCGUUUACUCGACUUAUUAAAUGACGACGACUAUCGUUUAUUAUUUUCUUCAAUAAAUCGACAAAAACUAGAUUCCAAAUGGUUAGAAACAUUCAGUAAAUUAUGUAUGAAACGUUAUUUAGAAGUAGAUGAUAUAUUUUUCGCUGAUCACAAUUUAACUAAUAAAAUCAAAUCCGAAUCAAGUUCAAAAUCAAUUUUCGACUCUUUCAUUAACUAUCUCAAAGAAAAUUUCCAAAAUGGUUUUUCUGUUCAUUAUUUUCAUGCUAUUAUCUAUGAAUUAGAACAAUUAAAUCAAUUUAAGAUCGAUGAAAUAUCUAAACAAUUAAAGAAAAAUAAUGAAAUAAUACAAAAAUUGUUUUUAUUAUUUGAAAAUAGUCCGAAUAUCGUUGAUGAUUCAAUUAUACAUAUAAGUUCGACACCAGCACAACCGAUUUAUAUUAAUUAUAAACCAGUACAUAUGGUUUAUAUACGUACAGAAGUUAUUAUUAAAAAUGAUCACAAUUUACAAUUACCAACAAAAGGCAUAGUUAAUAAAUUUGUUGCUGAUUUAAUUCAUACAAAUGUAAUAAAUAUUCUUGAAGAAAAAACGAACAAAACUUAUGAUAUUCCAACGAAAUAUCUUUAUUUUGCUCAAUCAUGUGAAAAGAACAUUAUUUUACCAUUGAAAUUACGUGUACUUAUUAUUGAUGGUCAAACGAAAAGGCAUCGCUUCGGAUUAAUUGGUGAGGAACCAGGAAAAAAUAAUCAAUACCGUUGUUUAAUAUUUUUCACGGAUGAUACAGCAAACAUAUCAGCUAGUUAUCAUUCAUCAUCGGAUAUUCAUAUAUGUUUAGAUCAAAAAUUUGAAUAUGAAAAUGAUUUUCUUAAUAGCUAUUUCAAGUCCUAUCCGGAACGUAUGAUGCUACGUGCUAAAGAAGGCACAAUUGUUAAAAUACGAAAUCCGUUAUUUAUCACUAGGAAUGUAUUUUUACAAGCUAUGGUCAUACAAAUCGAUUGUUCAAUGAUGUUAAUUGAAUUAAGUAAUACUAGACAACGUUUUUGGAUUUAUCGUGGUUCAACAUUAAUCGAACAAAUGAAUAAUUAUUAUACAACACAAAAUAGUAAUGAUAAUGGUGGUUUUCGUAAGCAAUCAGCUAGACAGCAUCUGUCAGCACGAAGAUCAAAUGCACCGGAAAUUAUUUGUCUCAAUGAUCAAAUGAGAACAAAAUGUGGUCGAACUGCGGAACAAUUAAUUGAUGAAAUAAGAUCUGUAAAACGAGCACGAGUAGAAUCUCAACACGAUGUAAAACAAACUUCAUCAAUAGAAACCGAAUCUCGUACACUCCGAUCACAUCAACACAACAAUACACCACUACCACUGCCAACAACAACAACAACAACAACAACAACAACAACGAUAGCAAGAACAACCUCAUCACUGUCAAAUCUUGUUAUUACGUCAGUGCCAUCACGUGCUAAUCAUACAAAUACAAAGCUUGUCAUGAAUCCAUUAUUUCUUGAAUUAGCUGAAAAUUUUCUUUUGCAGUAUUCCAAAGAUUUCAUUCCACAUUAUUGUUCCAAUAAAUGUGUUAUGUAUGCAGAGAAAUAUUUUGGUCAAUUGCCAAGAACAAUGAAUCCAUUCUUAAAACCAAUAGCAUGUCAAUGGACAAUACUUGAGACAGUACGAAUAAGAAAAGCAAAUGAUAUUCGUGUUAAAAAUUCACGUCCAAUAAUUAUCUACUGUGCACCAUGUGGCAGAAAAUUAUUCAAUGAGAUUCAAGUUGAUAGAUAUCUUUAUGUCACGAAAUCUCAACUAUCAAUUGAACUCUUUGUAUUUGAUAGUUUGGUUAAUAUAAAACAAACUUUUUCUUGCGAUGGCAGAGUUAUAAGUUCUGAUAUAUCAGAUGGACAAGAAAAUGUGCCAAUUAUGGCUGUCAAUGAAGUUGAUAAUGAUAAUCCAAGUGCGCUUACUUAUCGCGUUGAACGUACACCAGUGGAAGGCGUUAAUCUGAUAACUAAUGAACCGACAAUGACGUGCUGUUCGUGUACGGAUGGUUGUAGAGAUAGAACUCGAUGUGCUUGUUGGUUACGUACAUUGAAAUAUGCUGAAUUAGUUGGUGAUGAACGUGUCAAAUCAAUGAAAGCAAAAAAUAAAAGUCAAGCUGAAAUUCUCUAUCAAAUUGGUUAUGGUUUUCGACGUUUACAUAAAAAUGUUCCCGGUGGCAUCUAUGAAUGUAAUAAUAAAUGCCCUUGUAACAAAGAAACAUGUUCGAAUCGGGUUGUUCAAAAUGGAAUUAUUGCACAGCUUCAAUUAUUUAAAACUAUAGGUCGAGGUUGGGGUGUUCGAACCUUGCAUGAUCUUCCAUUAGGAACUUUUAUUAGUGUUUACUCAGGUGAAAUAUUUACGAGUGAACAAGCAGAUGAACGAGGCAAACUAAUUGGCGAUGAAUAUCAAGCUGAUUUAGAUUUUUUUGAGAAUAUUAAUAAUGAUUCCGACGAAGAAGACGACGACAAUGAGAAAAGCGAUGCUAAUUUCUCAUCAGAUAGCGAUGAGGACGAAGAAAAUAAAUUGCCUUCAUCAAAUGCUGAAUCAACGAAUAAACGUUUAGAAAGUUUACGUUCCCGUGAUGCAAACAAUAAAAAAGAACGAAAGAAAACAUCAAAUUCAACAGCUGAAACGAAAGAAAAAAACUCGAUAUUAAACCGAACAUUACUACCGGAUUAUGACGGAGUUGUCUAUACACUUGAUGCGAAAUUAGUCGGUAAUAUUGGACGAUAUUUUAAUCAUUCAUGUUCGCCAAAUAUUGCUGUUCAAAAUGUUUUUGUUGAUACACAUGAUAUUCAUUUUCCAUGGAUUGGAUUUUUCACUACGAAAACAAUUCGAGCAGGAACAGAAUUAUGUUGGGAUUAUAACUAUACAGUAGGUGAAAUAGCCGGCCGUCGAAUGGAUUGUAAUUGUGGCUCAUCUGAAUGCCGCCGUCGAGUCCUCUAG